GAAUAUAUCUAAAAUUGGAAUUUAAUUCUCGUCUAAAUCAUUUUCUUUAUUUCUCUUAAUCACGGUGCUAAAUAUCUUUCCCAAAAAAAAUAAAAUAAAAUAAAACCCUAAAUUCCAAAACUCUACCCCCGCAAUAGAGCAUUUUUGGCGGUUUACUUGUUUUCAGUGAAGUGGAGAGAGAACGAGAACAAGAGCCAAAAAGAUGGAAAUGGAAGAAGAGAGGAUAGGAAUGGUGUUAGUUCGAGCAUCUGAAUUACGCUCCAAAAUCGCAAAUUGCAUUCGUAAAUCAACAAACCCACUUCAAUCUCACCUUGAAGCUUCUCAAAACAAUGGCGAUUCUUCUUCUUCUGCACAAAAUGGUGACGAAGCUGAUGAAGAAACUGAUGCCCUUUUGAACAUUUGCUACUCUUUUGAUGCCCUUGAGAAUCAGCUAGCUUCUUUGCAAUCUUUACGACAACAGCAGCAAUACGAAAGAGAAGCUGUGAUUGGAGAAAUUGAGUACAGCCGUAAGAUGUUGCUUAAGAAGCUCAGUGAGUAUAAAGGGGAGCACUCUGAUGUGAUACAAGAGGCAGAAGCUUUUGCAAGUAUGAAGGUGGAGCACGACAAUGAACUGCUACUUCCUCCAUAUCAAACCCAUUCUCCCAAUUCUUUGGUGCUAGACAAGAAUUAUCCCUCACGUGCUCCAUAUUCACGUAAGCUUGCACAAAAUGGUCUUAAUGGGGGCAACGAGUCAAAGGAAAGCCAAACUCAAAGUAAACCCAGCAAGCUAUGGGGAGGAUUUAGAUUUCUUGUUCAUUCCACUGCCAAGACCAUGCUUACCCUUGUUGGCGUUAUCUCUCUGCUUAGCUUGGCUGGUUUUGAACCUAAGCUUCAGAAAAAAGGUACCAAAUUAAAUGUCCUGUCAUUGUUUCAACAACCCAAUGACCAAGGCAGGGCACUUGGUGCACGUUGCCCCCCUGGUAAAACAGCGGUGAUGGAGGAUGGCGAAAUCCGUUGCAUUGUGAAGGAGAGAGUUGAAAUUCCAUUUGAUCAUGUUGCCGAUAAUCCUGAUGUGCAUUAUGGUUGCGGUUAAUAACUGCCUAUGUUGUCAACUUUUUUGUAUAUCCUGCCAUCAUGACAAGUAAAGUUGAUUUCUUUUCCUUCAAAUUUUGAAAUGAGAUUGUUUAUUUCUCCA